AUGGUUAUAGCACGUUUUCUAAUGGCAAAUGUAAUUGAUCAAUUACUUGAACAUCAAAAUCAAAAUGCUAAUUUAUUUGAUUUUGAUCAAUUAUUAAUUUCAAUUCAAAUUGGAUCUAUAGAAGAAAUUCGUGUUAGUGAAGCCUUAAAAACAGUUAUUGUUGAUAGUGUCCAAAUUGAAGAUGAUAAAUGGAAACGUCUUUCACGACAAAUUGUCGAUUUACUUCUUGCUCAUUUACAAUCUCAGGAUCAAUCACUUUUGGAUAUUUAUUCCACACAAUUAACACUAGUUGAUGUUGUGUCAUCAGUUGAAUUACGAUCAAUUGAUCCAUUUGUUAUUGCUUUUCGAGCAUUAAAUGAUGUUUUAUUAUCAGUUAAUGGAACACGAGAUGAAACUUUUAGUGAAGCUCUUCUUCGAAUUUUACAUGACGUAAUAUUACGAAUUUUAACUAAUACUCGACAAUUAUGCGGUCAAUUCAAUAUGACAUUAGUUUCUCUUGCAUCCGAUUACCUUUAUGUACUUAUUGAUACAUGUACAUAUGUACAUAAUUUAUUUGAUCUUAUCCAUCAUACAUCAAUUGCAAGUCAUUUAUUCGUUUCUGAAGGAAUGCAUUUAGAUGGAAGUGGUCUUCUAUUAGUUUUAUUAAUUGAACAAUUUCUUCCAUUACCAUAUAUAUCUGUAUUACGUUUAGCUGAAUUAAUUGUUUAUGAUCGUAUUGAAACGAUAUUAACACUUGACCCACAAACACUAAAUAAACAAUUAUUACCUAAAUAUACACCAUGA